UUUAUGGAGUAAAUGAGUGAUGAACCACAGUGUCAGUACUUUGUAUGCCGAUUCUUUUAUGGCCGUAUUGGGGGAGAUCUUAGUAAUGGAGUUCCAUAUUGAAUUCCAUGUCUUUUGUGAGAUCUCUUGUCCCAGAUCCCUUUUCCAAUCCGCCAUAUAUUUUAGAGGGGUAUCAGAAUUUUGAGAAAGUAGUAGCUUAUAUAAAAGCAAAAGCGAACUCUUGCGUUUACCUGCUCGUUGGGAACAAGUUUCUAAUAGGGAAGGGGGAUCAUUUCUGAAAGCAGGGUUUAUUGUUUUGAUAAAGUGAUCUAAUUGGGUAUAUCUAAAGAUUUCUCCUUCUGGCAUGUCCUGUACAAAUUACAUGUAUUGGUUAGGUCUAUGGGAUGUGCGACUAGUGCCUCAAGGUGGACUCAUCAGGUCUCUGCUUGAGAAAAUCCCUCCUUGGUUACCAAUUCAUAUGACAAUUUCUUUCCCAAUGAAUGCCCUCCUACCUAUGACAACUCUACUGGGACUUCUGUAGCCAAAGAGGUUCCUGCACAGAAACCCCAGCUCUCACCCAAGCCUGAGAGAAGGACAAGCUCUGCCAGGCCACAUUCCCCGCUUAUAGCCGAUUUAUUACAGAAAAUCACUCUACACAAAUCCACCACUUUCCAGGGGGCACCUUCUCCUAUUACACCACCAAAUCCUCACCUGGAUGUACAGCCAUGUGGUCCCACAGACAGAAAGACACCCCCUCCUAUUCCCGAACGUAGGAAGAAAGCUUCCAUGAUUCAGCACCAAGGUGUUGGUGGACCUGACAUUGUGCCCUAUGAUAACUUCAGACCUAAAGAGGAAUCCCAGGCAAAGAAUCAAACUACAGAUGUGUUCUAUGAAACACCCCUUGACAGUGCUCCAGAUGCUUCUAGUGACUUUCUACAAUUGACCCCAUCCCCUUCCUUAGAGCUGGAAAGGUCAAAGAUUCCACCUCCUGUUCCAGAGAGAAAGAAGAGGCAUUCAUUGAUUCUACCAGCUUCUAUGUACUAUGAACCACCAACUGGCGGUGUAUACAGUGCUUACCUGGAUAUACUUCCUGCAACUUCCUCAGAGCUGGAAAGGUCAAAGACUCCACCUCCUGUUCCAGAGAGAAAGAAGAGGCAUUCACUGGUCUCACCAGUUUCACCUAAUCUGGAAGAAAACAAAGUGGAAGAACAGUUACAGGCAAACUGCAACAUCCUGCUCCUUAAUCUUGGGAAGCUGGUGGAUAUUUCAGGUACAGCCAGCUCUGUCAAGCCAUCUCUGUGUAGCAGAUGCUCUGCCGCAUUAUCCAAGAUCAACCCUGUACUUGAGAACAAGACCUGGUGUUGUGUUUUUUGUGGAUGUGAAAAUACUAUGCAAGUCGGUACACACAUUGAGAACUUUACAGAAGAUGAAAUCUGCCUCUAUGAUCCACUACCUGGACAGGCACCUGAUGACGACUCUUUAUUAAUAUUUUGCGUUGACAUAUCUGGGAGUAUGAGUGUGACAUCAGAGAUAGAAAAUGACCUGAACUUGAACUACAUAACAAGAAUGGAGGCCUUGAAAACUGGUCUCUUACAGUCUCUUGAUUAUCUUUAUAAUCAACAUCCAAAGAAAAGGGUUGUCCUCAUCACUUUCAGUGACCAGGUAAUGAUAUAUGGGGAUGGCACUUCACCACCUCAUAUCCUGGAUGAUACGGAGCUGUUGGAUCCUGAUUACUUAAAAUCCUGUGGAGAAACCCAGCCUAUGCCUCACACAUUAGAAGAAACACUGAUUGCACUGAAGUCGAGUAUUGGAAGUUUGAAUGAAAUGGGAGCAACGGCACUUGGACCUGCAGCAUUGGUCUCCAUAGCGAUGGCAGCUCAGAAACCAGGAUCCAAGGUGAUCAUCUGCACUGACGGCAGAGCCAACACGUACCUGGGGAACCUGGAGGAUAUUGCUGAAGAGCAUGCCUAUCAGUCUUCCCGGCUCUUCUACACCAGCUUAUCUGAUUUGGCUCUUCAGAAUAGUGUGGUAGUGUCAGUGCUGACCAUAGAAGGGACUGACUGCAGGUUGUCUGAACUAGGGCAGUUAGCUGAUAAGACUGGAGGCAAGGUGAAUAUUGUCCAUCCUCUGAAGUUGGCCCAAGAGUUCCAGUCUAUUCUGGAAGAAGAAAUCAAUGCUACAGACGUGAAUGUGAGGGUUUACCUACCCAGUUACAUGUAUUUCGUAUACGAGGGGCACUCUGCAUCUAUAUUGGAGCGAACCAUUGGAAGCACCACACCUGAUACCGUGCUGUCUAUGGAGUUUGACAUCCAUUCAUCCAAGAUUGAGGAUGCGCUGCGUCACUCCCAACUACCAGUCCAAGUGCAGCUGACAUUUUGCAUGCAGGAUGGAAGGAGAGGCCACCGGAUUCUGACUCAUAGAAGGCCAGUGACCAAUGACUGUUUAGCUGCUCUGGAAGCCCUUAAUAUGAGUGUCCUGCAGAUCCACAGUGCCCAGAUUAGUGCCCGUCUGGCUAUAGAAGGACGUGUGAACGAGGCCACUAAGGUGGCUCUGGCUCUGAAAGAACUCAUUGCUCAGAUUAUGAAGCAUGAAAAGUACGAGGCAAGUAAUGACGCUUAUGAUGAAUGGGAGAACACCAUGUCACCCAUCUAUGAAGAUCUGAAAGUAUAUGGAAAUUCAAUGAAGAGACCAAGUGAACAAGGAAACACACAUGUCCCUCCUGUGAAAGGUUUUACAGAUGAAAUGGCAAACAUGAUGUUCCACCUGAAGCAGGCAAAGAACAAAGUGAUGAAAAAGCUGAAGCACCAGGCCCAAUAAAUAUGAAAUAUAGAGCAGAGAACAGAGAAGCCCCGGAAUCCCACAGUGGAGAUAAUGACGUGCAGCAGCUUCUGUAAAGUAUUUGUCAGGCUCAAAUAGAAUAUUUAUUGUCAUACGUAAUGGGCUGGAAGUCACCCCAACACAUAUAUUACUGCCACUUGUCCUGAUACAGGAUCAUCCUUCAGACUGGCAUUAGAGAACUAAACCCAUACCCUGACCACUAGUUGGAGGUGAAAAGCAGAGGUAUCCAGCUGUUGUACUACAAUUCUCAACAUCUACAAUGGCAACAUCUGUGGUUAUAUUGCAUUCUUAAUAUAGGCGGUAAAUAAAUCUGAAAAUGAUUUUUA